CCGGGGCAGAACCACGGGAGGCGGGCAUGAUGAUGGUGCUUCAGCCCGAGGGCCUGGGCGAGGGCCAGGGGCCCUAUGGGGGCGGGGAGUACAUGGAGCAGGAGGAGGACUGGGACCGGGACCUGCUCCUGGACCCCGCCUGGGAGAAGCAGCAGCGGAAGACCUUCACAGCCUGGUGUAACUCCCACCUGCGCAAGGCCGGGACCCAAAUCGAGAACAUCGAAGAGGACUUCCGCAAUGGCCUCAAACUCAUGCUGCUCCUGGAGGUCAUAUCAGGGGAGAGGCUGCCCAGGCCAGAUAAAGGCAAGAUGCGCUUCCACAAGAUUGCCAACGUCAACAAGGCCCUGGACUUCAUCGCCAGCAAAGGGGUCAAGCUCGUGUCCAUCGGGGCUGAAGAAAUUGUGGACGGGAACCUGAAGAUGACUUUGGGCAUGAUCUGGACCAUCAUCCUCCGCUUUGCCAUCCAGGACAUCUCUGUGGAGGAGACCUCGGCCAAGGAGGGUUUGCUCCUGUGGUGUCAGCGGAAGACGGCGCCCUACCGGAAUGUGAACGUGCAAAACUUCCACACGAGCUGGAAGGACGGCCUGGCCCUCUGUGCUCUCAUCCACCGGCACCGCCCCGACCUCAUCGACUACGCCAAACUGCGCAAGGAUGACCCCAUCGGCAACCUGAACACCGCCUUUGAGGUCGCUGAGAAGUACCUGGACAUCCCCAAAAUGUUGGAUGCAGAAGAUAUUGUGAACACCCCCAAGCCGGAUGAGAAGGCUGUCAUGACCUACGUAUCCUGCUUCUACCACGCCUUUGCUGGGGCUGAGCAGGCCGAGACAGCUGCCAACAGGAUCUGCAAGGUGCUGGCCGUGAACCAGGAGAAUGAGAAGCUGAUGGAGGAGUAUGAGAAGCUGGCCAGCGAGUUGCUGGAAUGGAUCCGCCGCACGGUGCCCUGGCUGGAGAACCGGACCAGCGAGCCCAGCAUGAGUGCCAUGCAGCGGAAGCUGGAGGAUUUCCGGGAGUACCGGCGACUGCACAAGCCGCCCCGCGUGCAGGAGAAGUGCCAGCUGGAGAUUAACUUCAACACGCUGCAGACCAAGCUUCGGCUCAGCCACCGGCCCGCCUUCAUGCCCUCGGAAGGCAAGCUGGUCUCGGACAUCGCCAACGCCUGGCGGGGCCUGGAACAGGCUGAGAAGGGCUACGAGGACUGGCUGCUGGCCGAGAUCCGGAGGCUCCAGCGGCUGCAGCAUCUGGCAGAGAAGUUCCGGCAGAAAGCUUCCCUGCAUGAGACGUGGACUCGGGGAAAGGAAGAUCUGCUGAGCCAGAGAGAUUAUGAAUCGGCCUCCCUGCAGGAGGUGCGGGCCCUGCUGAGGCGGCACGAGGCCUUUGAGAGCGACCUGGCCGCCCACCAGGACCGGGUGGAGCAGAUUGCUGCCAUAGCCCAGGAGCUCAAUGAGCUGGAUUACCACGACGCAGCCUCCGUGAACAGCCGCUGCCAGGCCAUCUGCGACCAGUGGGACUCCCUGGGGACGCUGACUCAGAAAAGAAGGGAUGCCCUGGAGAGGAUGGAGAAGCUCCUGGAAACCAUAGACCAGCUGCAGCUGGAGUUUGCCCGCCGGGCGGCGCCCUUCAACAACUGGCUGGACGGGGCGGUGGAGGACCUGCAGGACGUGUGGCUGGUGCACUCGGUGGACGAGACCCAGAGCCUCAUCACGGCGCACGAGCAGUUCAAGGCCACCCUGCCCGAGGCCGACCGCGAGCGGGGCGCCAUCCUGGGCAUUCAGGGGGAGAUCCAGAAGAUCUGCCAGACCUACGGGCUGCGCCUGCCGGCCUCCAACCCCUACAUCAGCCUCACGCCCCAGGACAUCACAAGCAAGUGGGACAUGGUGCGGAAGCUGGUGCCCAGCCGGGACCAGACGCUGCAGGAGGAGCUGGCCCGCCAGCAGGCCAACGAGCGGCUCCGCAGGCAGUUCGCGGCCCAGGCCAACGCCAUCGGCCCUUGGAUUCAGGGAAAGGUGGAGGAAGUUGGCCGUCUGGCCGUGGGGCUGGCUGGCUCCCUGGAGGAACAGAUGGCGGGACUGAAGCAGCAAGAACAAAAUAUCAUCAACUACAAGAGCAACGUGGACCGGCUUGAGGGCGACCACCAGCUGCUGCAGGAGAGCCUGGUGUUUGACAACAAACACACCGUCUACAGCAUGGAGCAUAUCCGCGUGGGCUGGGAACAGCUGCUCACCUCCAUCGCCCGGACCAUCAAUGAGGUGGAGAACCAGGUGCUGACCCGGGAUGCCAAAGGCCUGAGCCAGGAACAGCUGAACGAGUUCCGGGCCUCCUUCAACCACUUUGAUCGGAAACGGAACGGGAUGAUGGAACCGGAUGACUUCCGAGCCUGUCUCAUCUCCAUGGGCUACGACUUGGGGGAAGUUGAGUUUGCCCGCAUCAUGACCAUGGUGGACCCCAACGCGGCCGGGGUCGUCACCUUCCAAGCCUUCAUCGACUUCAUGACCCGAGAGACGGCCGAGACGGACACGGCCGAGCAGGUGGUGGCCUCCUUCAAGAUCUUGGCGGGAGACAAGAAUUACAUCACGAGCGAGGAGCUGAGGCGGGAGCUGCCGCCCGAGCAGGCCGAGUACUGCAUCCGCCGGAUGAUCACCUACACCGGGCCCGGGGCCCCCUCAGGGGCUCUGGACUACGUCGCCUUCUCGAACGCCCUUUAUGGGGAGAGUGACCUCUGACCCUUUCCCUUGCACCCUCAGAAGCAUCCGACCUCCUCCUUGCUUGGGCAGCACCUAAGUGCUCCCCGACCCCCUCACCCCAGUUCUCCCCAUAAGGUCCCCUCCCCCCUCAAAGGCGUCUGUGAGCUUAGAGUCACCUCCCUCCCCACUGGCUGCACUCAAUAAAGCUCCUUCUCCCCA